CUUCCGGUGAGAACAUUGCAUCCAAAAGCCCUGGAAAAGCUUUUGCAAGAUGAAGAAACUCUGCAGAAAACUGAGAAUCGAUGCCAUUCCGAUUGUCUUCUCGAAGAAGAUAGUCCAAGAACAGCGUUAUCUUUACAAGAAGGCGAGAAAGUGAGUGAACAAGCAUCUGAGUCGAUUUGCCAAACUGAAAAAGUGAGCAAAAGCAAGCGAAGAAAGUCAGUGAAUGACGAACGGAACAAAGGUGGAGAAACAAUAGCAAUCUCUUUCCCGGACAGAGGAAAGCUCAUCAAGGAUGAGAACCUGGGGAAGAUACCCGGAAACUUGAGCCCCAUGGGAUCCCUUUCCAGUAACCGGUUGUCGUCCGACUCUGAACUUGCGUGGCAACUUGCCACGUUCCACCAAAAGAGCAGUGUCCUUUCGAAUGUCGACGACUCUUCGAAUCCAGAGAACACCAGUAGUCAAUCGUCUUCGCGAAAGACUACCGUCAUCCGAACUACAUUUGCGAGGAGUAUUUUGCGCAAGAAAACAAAAGAGGUGCCAUCUCUGGAAAGCCAAGAAUCCCUGAAAUACGUUCGAAUGCUGGAUGCAGAUUCUGGAGCAAACCUUCCAGCUCUGAGGACUAGCGACUCUUUCUCUGUGGAUGGAAAAAUCUCCUUGUCAAAAAUUGAAGCCACCACGGGGUCCACGAAUAGAAGCAGAAGCGGCCGUUGGAUCGAUCCGAAACGCAUUACAGUGACUCGACAGGAAGCGUCUCCUGCUGAUAUCGACUCGGAUACAUUCUCACCAAACGACGAAGAGGAAGAACCGAGACCGAAAACAGUGGGAUUCGAAUACUGGUUCUGAGCAUGCCUGAUAUGGCAAGACAAAGUUGGAGUCAUUGAUUGCGGAAUUUUAGAAAAAUAUUGGAUGGCAAUUUGGAACCUUUUCUUCUGUGUAAUUCUCAUGUCAUUUUUUAUUCCUUUUUCGAAUUUUGGGUACUUCAUACUGAUUUUCUUCCCUCGACUCAUGCAAUAAAAUCUCUACCGUGAAGUUACA